AUGCCGCCGACAACAAAAUACAUUCAUAUCCUCAAAAGAAUAUUCGUUUUUGCUUUGGCUGCUUUAGCGGCUGCAUCCGCAGCUUCUAUAAACCGUGAAUAUUUAACUCCAGUUGUGGAUAAUAGCCUGACAACACAGGAGUAUAUCGCACCGGAAGCUAAUACAGAACCUGCUCCAUUGACCGAUGAUGGCUAUCGCUACAAGGUAGUUCGUAAACAGAAGUUGAGAAGCCGUCGCGAUGUAAGCGAAUUAGUCACCAAUGAAUACUUGCCACCGGCAAACAAUGGAGUUGCCACAGCCACUGAGGAAACCGUAGUUGUCGAAGAACCCGCUGUUGAUGCUAGUCAGGAUAGUGCCGUUUUGGCUGAUGAUGGAUACCGUUACAAGACCGUUCGACGCAUCCGUUAUCGCAGACGCCGUGAUGUCAAUGAAUUGCCCACCAACGAAUAUUUGCCUCCUACAGUUGCCACCGAACAAGAAAUUGUCGUAGAAGCUCCUGUUGAAGCUCCCGAGGAAUCUGUUUCCCAAGAAUCUGCCGUCUUGGCUGAUGAUGGAUACCGUUACAAGACUGUUCGCCGCAUUCGUUAUCGCAGACGUCGUGACGUUAAUGAAUUGCCCACCAACGAAUAUUUGCCUCCUGCAGCUGCCACCGAACAAGAAAUUGUCGUGGAAGCUCCUAUUGGAGCUCCCGAGGAAUCUGCUUCCCAAGAAUCUGCCGUCUUGGCUGAUGAUGGAUACCGUUACAAGACUGUUCGCCGCAUUCGUUAUCGCAGACGUCGUGACGUUAAUGAAUUGCCUAGCAAUGAAUACUUGCCUCCUGCAGCUGCCACCGAACAAGAAAUUGUCGUCGAAGCUCCUAUUGAAGCUCCCGAGGAAUCUGCUUCCCAGGAAUCAGCUGUAUUGGCUGAUGAUGGCUACCGUUACAAGACUGUUCGUCGCAUUCGUUAUCGCCAUCGUCGCGAUGUUAAUGAAUUGCCUAGCAAUGAAUAUUUGCCUCCUGCAGCUGCCACCGAACAAGAAAUUGUCGUAGAAUCCCCUGUUGAAGCCCCCGAGGAAUCUGCUUCUCAAGAAUCUGCAGUCAUGGCUGAUGAUGGUUAUCGUUAUAAGACUGUUCGUCGCAUUCGUUAUCGCCAUCGUCGUGAUGUUAAUGAAUUGCCUAGCAAUGAAUACUUGCCUCCUGCAGCUGCCACCGAACAAGAAAUUGUCGUGGAAUCCCCUGUUGAAGCUCCAGAGGAAUCUGCUUCCCAAGAAUCUGCCGUAUUGGCUGAUGAUGGAUACCGUUACAAGACUCUUCGUCGCAUUCGUUAUCGUCAUCGUCGCGAUGUCAAUGAAUUACCCAGCAAUGAAUAUUUGCCACCCGCUUCAGCCUCUGAACAAGACAUUACUGUCGAAUCUAUUCCUGAACAAAGUGCUGUGAUUGCUGAAGCCCCAGUUGAAGCCGCUUCUCAAGACACUGCUGUAUUAGCAAAUGACGGUUACCGUUACAAGACUAUUCGUCGUAUCCGUUAUCGUCGUCGUCGCGAUGUUAAUGAACUCCCCUCGAACGAAUAUUUGCCACCUGCUGUAUCACAAACCGAAGAAAUUGCCAGUAUCGUUUCUGUUCCCGAACAAUCUACCGUCUUGAGUGAUGAUGGAUACCGGUAUAAGACAGUUCGUCGCCUAAAAUAUCGUCAACGUCGUGAUGUAAAUGAGUUGGCUGGCAGCGAAUAUUUGCCUCCGGUUUCGGAAAAUACUUUUGACUCAGUUGUAGCUGUUGAAAGUCCCCAAGAAGCAGCUGUACUUGCUGAUGACGGCUACCGUUACAAGACUGUUCGUAAACUGAAACACAGACGUUACUAAGUUAAUCGAUUAUACACAUAUAUUAUUAAUUAGG